UAUUUAUCAACCAGUCUUGUUAUAACCAGCACUUUACUGUCAAGUACAGACGCAUCUGUAUUUUCACCAAAAUUGAAAAAGUCGCCCAAAUUUACCGGUUUAAUUUAACCCGGAUAACUAUUUGAUCCCUUAUUUUAUUGUUAUACCAAAUACAAAUUGGUCCAGAGUUAAUUGAGCCCAAGUUUUGAAACAACCAGUGUAUUGAAUCAAAUUUGUUGAUAUCGAUUCGCUCAUUUUAAUACCUUUUCAUGCAAAUGUUUCUACAUAAUUACGAGGACAGAUUUUUUCAUGAUUUGCUGGAAAUUUGAAAAAAAAAGAAAAAUGAAAAAUUUCAAUAUUUAUCUUGCAGCUGACUUUACACUGAAAGUUAUGCAAAUUUUGUUUCAUAUUUACUCAGAAAUUUGAUUCCCUUAAACUUAGAGAUUAAGUUGAAAUUUUUGAACUUCGAGAUUUCCUUGGGCAAUUACUUUUAUUGUAAUUGAGGCUAUUCGGAUUAACCUCUUCCCAUUUAUUAACAAAAACUUACUUUUUCAAGAGUUCAAUUGAAAACAGAACGUCAUGAAUUACUCCGCAGUAUUGUUUUUCUUCGCGGUCUUAGCCAAACUUGGAUCCAGUUUUUGCCCUCAGAAUUGCCAAUGCUCCGAGGCCAAAAAAGUGGUGGAAUGCCAGGGAAAAGAACUAAUUUCUUUUCCAACCCGAAUUCCAGAAUGGACCAAAUUUCUGAGCGUCGAGCAAACUUCAAUUUCGAAUCUCGAAGAGAACCAUCUUAAGCAGUUACCAGAAUUACUUAUAUUUAAGUUUCAGAAGCACAAAAACCUUCAAUUAGGGUCAAACUUAUUCAGAAACAACCCAAAGUUAACCAGUAUUUAUCUCAGAAGCAACGAAAUUAAAAAUUUGCAAAGGAGAAUGUUUGAAGGAUUGGCUAUAGAUACUCUCGAUUUGACCUCGAAUAAACUUUCCGAGUUUGAAAACUUCUAUUUGGAAGGCGUGAAAUCAGUGAAAAGAUUGUAUCUUCAGUCGAAUCAGUUGGUCAAAAUUGAAGAUGAUAGUUUGACCUUUGUGAACAAUUUGACCGAUCUGUAUUUGAACUACAACCGGUUAAAAAACGCCCCGGGUACUAGAACUGUGAAAGCGCAUGUUAGCGUUGAAGUUCUCGACAUGAGUGGAAAUCCAAUAAACUUCCUUGGUCCGAACUUCUUCGGUGGGUUCCCAAACGUGCGAUAUUUAUACCUCGAACACAUCGUCAACGACAGCAACUUAGCAGUUCACGAACGCGCUUUUGAAACAAACAGCCACAUUCAAAAAUUGGACCUUAGCAACAACUUCAUGCUCAGAAUUCCGUUUAAAAUAUUCGAAAACAACCGCGCCAUUCAAAUUCUAAACAUGAAUGGAAAUCGGUUGAGUGUUAUUCCGAAUUUGGAGUUUAUGAAAGAACUUCAGAGGGUUGACUUUUCGGAUAAUAAGUUGGAUGGGUUGGAAACGCUUAGUUUCAAGAGCAACAAGCUUCUUAAGGAAGCAAAGUUCCGCCAGAACCUGAUCGAAUCAAUUGACGUGGAUUUGUUCAGCAACCUCGCAUUUCUGUCCAAGCUGGAUCUGUCCCACAACAAAAUAGCCUCUCUGCCUCAACCAUUUCUGGACUCCCUCGGGGGGAGUUUAGCAACAUUCCAGUUUUCUUACGCGGGUGAAAAGUGGAACUGGCUGGACAACAACCCUCUGAAUUGUGACUGUGCUAUCAAACCACUGUUUGCAUAUGUGAACAGAAUUCCAGAUGCUGCAGUUGGGGUAACCUGUGAGUACCCCACCCCUCUGAAAGGAGUUUUGCUGGGUAAUUUGGACAAGUCAGUGUUGAAUUGUGUGGUGCCGAGGAUAACCUCAUUCUACCCGGAGACAUCACACGCCCAGAUGGUGGUCGGACAAGUUAUGGAGUUGCUGUGUGUGGCGGAAAGUGACAGUGCAGAAUAUGUACAUGUGGAAUGGAUCCUUCCGAGAGACAGACACUACAAAGUGCCUCAAGACAAAGACGGAGUCCUUCAAAUCGGACGCGUGACGACCAAAAAUGACGGGACUCUGUUGGUUUACAACGUGCAACCAGCCGAUUCGGGACAAUACACCUGUUUAGCCUACAAUCAGAAGGGCAAAUCAGAAAAGAGUGUCUCCAUAAAUGUGACUGAAUAUGUGAACGAACAAGACACCCAGCAGUUCCAGUGUGACAUAUGCGAGGACGACUGCACCAAGUACAAGAUAUCCGAAAUCAAAGUCGUCAACAUCGGGUAUGAGACGGCAACAAUUGACUGGAUGCCAACUGAACUGCGUCAGUCUGAGUACUACAUCAGCUACAGACAGUUCCUGGGCGACAGACCAAAUAGCCGAAGUCCAGCCAAGUCUAUCAAGAUCAACAAGAGUAACAACUACACCAUUAGUGGGUUGAACCCAAACACUGCCUAUAUUGUGUGUGUGCAGAUGGCAGGUCAGCCCUGUCAUGAGCUCAUCAGUUUUUCACACUGUGUCGACGUCACCACUUUGGGUGCCAACAAACUCGGCUCUUCCAUAGUUCUGAUCUUCAUCGGAUUCUGCACUGGGACCCUAUUCGGCUUAUGUGGCUGCAUCACCCUCAUAUUCAACAAGCGACAACACACACCCCCCACUAGGGCCAAAUACAAAAUGUGUCAGCUAGACGAAAAGCCAAACAACCGAACGAGUGGUGCAUUUGUGCACCAGACCGUAAACACUAACAGUGGUGAGAGAGUGCAAAGUUUCGACAUUGCGCACGCACAGUCUGCUGGUGAUAUAAUGUAUCCAGAUAUUUACACUGGUACAGUUCGCUCCAAAAGGUUUUGAAACAAAAGUUCACAGAAAAUAGACCUUGAUUGAACUUAACAGCUUUAAUGCAAUAAAUUAUGAGGAUUUUCUAUUUUGACGAUUAGUGUUUCACGUUGUAAAUGCAAUGAUACUUUUUUGAAAACUUUUAAUAUAUAUUUUAGAAUUGUACAUAAAAUUUGAAAACAAAAUAACUAA